AUGGCAACGGUUUUAAAAUAUUGUCGUCACACGUUCGCAACUGAGUGCAAGAACACCGGCCAUCGCAAUGGCUUAGUGCUCGGUGUUUACGGAAACGAGUGUUCGUUUGAGUUAUCCGAGGAAGCGAGGAAUUUCGAUGACAGACUGAGCGGCGCGCUAAGUAAAUUGUUGGCCGCCAGUUCGAUGCCGGUGGGCGAUGCGCGCGUAUUCAACAACUUGGACACAGACUUUAUGAGUAUAGCGUUGGCUAACGUCGGCAGCAAGGACGUCGGGUACGACUACAACGAGCAAAUGGACAUGGGAAAGGAGAACAUCAGGCGGGCCAUCGGCAAGGCUGUAGUGUUGCUGCAGGACGACCAACAGUGCGCCAAAAUAUUCGCCGACGGUCUGAACAGUCCGGAAACAGUGGCCGAGGCGGCCACACUGGCCGCGUGGAAGUUCGAAGCGUUGAAGUCGCCGGCCAACCAGGGAACGCAUAGCACCAUCGAGCCGUACAACGAAGGCGACAGCAAACUAUUCAUCCAAGGUGCGAUUUUCGCCGACGCUCAAAACCUGUCCCGGCGGCUAACCGAAAUCCCGGCCAAUACACUGACGCCAACCUACUUUGCCAAAGAAACCAUACAGGCGCUGGGUCCGUGUGGAAUAACCGUGGACGUGCACGACCGCGACUGGUUGGAAUCCAAUGAGAUGCACGGCAUCCUACAGGCGUCAAAGGGAUCUUGCGAGACACCUCUAUUUGCUGUCAUCGGCUACUGCGGCGCCGAUAAAAACCAAAAGCCUCUAGCGUUUGUCGGCCACGCCACCACGUACGAUACCGGCAGCGUUUGCGUACGCAGCUGCGACGACAUGGCGAACAAGAAACGACACGUCACGUCCGGCGCCACGCUGGUAGGCCUCAUGAAGGGCAUUGCGCAACUCUGUUUACCCGUCAAUGUGUACGCGUAUAUACCGCUGUUCGAGAGUGCCACGUCAGGUAACUCUAUCAAAGCGUCGGACACAUUCAAGGCUCUCAACGGAAAGUUCGUCAGCGUGGACAACACCAAGUGCAUUAGCCGGUUGGCCGUAGCCGACGCGCUAACUUACGCAUGCCGCACGAACCCGGAAGCCGUCAUACACUUAAACGCGCUCAGCGACGCUACGCAUAAGGUGUUUGGUGAACUAGCUGCGCCAUUAUUCACCAACAAGCUGGACACGUGGAAGCUAUUGAGUUUAGCCGGUGCCAUCACCGGUGACCGUGCGUGGAUGUUGCCGUCAUACGAACGAAAAGUCAAGAUGAUCACCGAAGAAAUUGCCGAUGUGGCCGUGUUAGGUGAAGGUGGCAUGGACACCGACGACCUGGGUAAGAGCGCGGCUUAUGCGGCCCAAUUCCUGGUCGACCCCACAAUGGAAUUCUCUCACAUAGACAUAGGUGGCGUGUACCGCAACUCUGACGAGGUGACAUAUCCUUACCUUAGAACCGCAUUUGCCACCGGCCGCUUCACCAGAACUCUAAUGCAAAUGGUCUAUCUGAGGGUAUGUCCGCAAGAAACACCCAUGGUCUCCUCUCAGAGUAAAAAAGUGAAGUAA